UUUUGACAGAUCGCAAUUUUUUGGUGCAAAUUACACAAUUUUUGUGUGGAAUAAUUGGAAAUAAUGUCCUAAAACUAGUUGGCUGGAUUAUUUAUAAACAGCAAGAAAUGAACUGUAAAAUUUGCUGUUAAUAAAUUGAUUGACUUGAAGGAAAAUGGAUUUCUUUUCGGAGAUAAUCGGGGAGACCGUGAUACUGGGAAUAGAUUCCCUCAUACUUGGUUUCUGCGUGAGACAGCUGAGCAAAUGUAAACACAUACUAAACGCGCUACAAACAGCUCCUGUACUGGAUAUAGACAACACCCUAAACAAGGAAAUAAAUAAAUACCCCAACAAUACAAUCCCUUAUGUAGUGAUCAGAGGGCUUGUCAAGCCUCUGGGCACUCCUAUCACCAGCAACUACAACAAUAAUGUUACUGGAGUGGUGCAAAGGUUAACAAUAAAAGAGCAUGUUAUAGCUCGGACGUCAGCCGGCUUCUGGUCGGAUCAGACUCGCACCAUACAUGAGGUCUGCAACUCCACGCCUUUCGUCCUGAACAAUGGGAAAUACAGCAUCGAGGUGGUGGAUGCACUUGCUGCAGAGUUACUUGAUAUGGAUGUUAUAUCAGACAAGUUUGAGCCUAUGUCCCCUGGAGUCAUCGACCACGUGUGGGGCUUCUUCUCCGGAGUCCGGCAGCGGGGGCUGCAGACCAUGGAGGAGAUGCUCCGGGAUGGCUCUUACAUUUCUGCCAUCGGAGAGCUGAGCAGAAGCAAGACUGGUGCUCUGAAGAUACAACCACCGAAAGAUGGCCUCCCAUUGUACUUGACUACAGCUACUAAAUCCAGUUUACUAAAAAGACUGGCCAGUUCCAGGGAUUUUCUAAGAGUCCUCCUGGUGGUGUUCGGGUCGGUGGCGGCGGUGGCGUCGUGCCGGAUUGCGUACAAGUACCUGAGGCGGCGGCGGCGGCGCGAGGCGGAGGACAGCAUCAAGAAGCAGCUCGCACUCGGCAGGAGGGAGCGCCGCGCGCACGCAAGAGAAAAGAAUCUCACUGAGGUGCAACUGUGCGUCGUGUGCACGGAGAAUCCCAAAGAGAUAAUUUUGCUUCCCUGUGGUCACGUGUGCCUCUGUGAGGACUGCUCCGACAACAUCAACGACAACUGCCCCAUCUGCCGCGAGAGAAUAGAGUCACGCGCGCCUGCGUUCAUCACCUGAGCUCCUCAGUACAGGCUUAUUUACUGUCGAAAGGAUUCACAUUAGAUAGGUUACUGAAUUCAUUAAGCAGUAGAGCAACUAAGUGGUGAUUGAAAAAUUAAUUAUGUGAUAAAAAAAUUGAUGUUAACUUGCUAUCUAAUUUGAAACCUCUUGAUAAGAAUUGUACAUCUUUUAGUUAGUAAU